AUGAGCGCAAACUUAUCGAUUGGUAAUGAAAUUAAAGACUCAUUCAAGGAAACCCAUAAAUGGGUUCAAAAUAAUCUGAAAUGGCUGAAGGACAUUGAACAAUUCUAUCGAGAAAGGGCUAAAUUAGAAAAGGAGUACAGUGAGAGACUAGCUCGCUUAUCGGCUGAGUACUUCAACAAGAAAUCCUCAACAUCGGUUCCCAUCUCUGUGGGUGACACACCUACUACUACGCCAGGGUCCGUUGAAGCUGCAGGUGUCGUCGCAUGGAAUGAGAUCUUAACUCAAACCGAUAUGAUUUCUAGGGAUCAUAAUCAGUUGUCAUCGGAUUUUGAAAAUCAUAUCGCAAAUCAAUUGAGUGGGCUAUUUACAAAGCUCGAUAUGACCUUAAGCAAGAUAACUGGAUUCAAUAAUGACAUGGUUAAUAAAAAGGAUAAUAUCUACCAUGAAUUAGAAAAGGCUAAGAAGGACUAUGAUGAAGCCUGUUCUACUAUGGAAAUGGCUAGAAAUAGACACACCAAGGCAUCUAAUGAUAGAAAUAAGAAAAAAUUAAAUGAAAAGGAGGUGGAAAUGAAUAAGUGCAAAAACGAAUAUUUGAUCAAGAUUAACCAGGCAAAUAGAACUAAGGAUAAAUACUACUUCCAAGAUGUUCCUGAAGUGCUAGAUCUUUUGCAAGACGUGAGUGAGGCAAAGACUCUUUUCUUAAAUGAUCUGUGGCUGAAAGCGGCUUCUGUCGAAAAAGAUUUAGGUACAAGAGUCAGCAAGAGAUUGCAGACUGCGGAUUCUGUGGUCAUGCAGAACAAACCCUCUUUGAAUACGGCCAUCUUUAUCAAACACAAUUUACAGAACUGGAAGGAACCACAAGACUUCACGUAUAAACCAUCGCCUGUAUGGCACGAUGAUGAAAAGUUUGCAGUUCCAUCCCCACUAGAAGUCGAAGACUUGAGAAUCAAGUUGGCUAAAGCCGAAAAUGAUUACAAUUCAUUGCAAGACAAAACUCAAAACGAGUUGUCUAGACUAUCCACUUUGAAUAAAAUAAAACACGAAAUGAAAACUAACGAAGAUAAUGUCAGCGCCACUAAAUUUUAUGAUACGUUGAAAGAUUAUUUAAAUAUUGUUUCACCCUUUACUUCUCACGAGACUUUGAAAUUACAAGCCGAAGUUCAAAUCGAAAGUAUUCAGAAUAACGUUCCUGAAGAAUACGAUUUGUCCACGGAUGAUAUUGAUCUUUCCAAAACGAAAAAGAAAUCUGGGAUAUUCAGUAAGUUAAAGCACAAUAUCUUGAACGUUGAUUCGAGACCUACAAGCAGCGGGAGUACUGAUAGUGGCAGCGGAGGACCCCUGCAUAUAACAAGCCUUUUCAAUACAUCAAGGAGAACCAGGCUAGGCGCUGCACCCAACGAUACUCGCGAAGAUGGAGAUAAUACUUCUGUCCAAACUAGCGGCACGAGUGUCACAACAAAAACCACGCAAACUUCCAAUGACGACAGCGGCAACAAAGUACUGUACGCAUAUGUGAAGCAGGAUGAUGAUGAAAUUGAUAUUACGCCAGGCGACAAAAUUUCAUUGGUUGCACGCGAUACGGGUUCUGGAUGGACCAAGAUAAACAACGGCAAUACUGGCGAAACAGGGCUUGUACCCACCACGUACAUUCGCGUAUCUAGUGCUGCUUCGGCCACAGCAAAUGGCAAGGGCCCCGCGCCAGUAGUGCCACCACCAAGAAGGAGCACGUUGCCCGUUAGGACAAUGGAAGCCGUGUAUGCCUAUGAAGCGCAAGGGGAUGAUGAGAUGUCAAUUGAUGUGGGGGACGAGAUAACCGUUAUCAGAGGUGAUGACGGUAGCGGAUGGACGUAUGGCGAGUGCGAUGGGCUGAAAGGUCUAUUUCCAACUAGUUACUGUAGGUGA